AUGGUCAGAUUCAAGAACAGACACAUUCUCGUGGAGUUUUUACAGCCCUCAACCCUUUCACCAACGUUCAAUGGAUCAGCAUCAAAACCCAAAGCUCAGCAGUUCUCAGGUCAUUCUGAAUCACCUCAGGGUCAGCUCGUGAAUGAGGGCUCAGACGAUGAGGACGAGGUAAACCAAGCGUUGUUACAGCCCUCUUUACCAUUUAUGUUGCCAUUACCCUCCGUUGACGGUACGAAACCACGGCUUCAUCUAGGUGACGAAGGUGGAAGUGUCAUUUACCGGGCUAUCAAAGGGAGCAUCCAAGAAGUCUAUGGAGAUGAAGGCUGGGGCAGAGUAGCGAGCUCCUUUAAGGUCGUCUAUCACUCUCCCUUGACGACUCUUACUAUGCUUCGGAUCGCUCGACAGCAUUACCGCCUCUUAUGGUCAGCCAUCACAUUCCUGACAUCAGUCCAAGGACAAGAUGUACUGCCUCGAGUCGUGGCUGUCUCCGGAACCAUAAAGAAGGUGCAGAAUACGGCGAUCGUCUACCAUCGUCGUGUUACUGCUAGGAUGCUGGCCGUUGCACUAGAGCAGGAAGCUGGUCUUGUACGGAGCGAAAGGGAGAGACAGCUGGAAGCUGCCUGGAACAAUGAACGGAAGAUGAUCGAGAUGCUGGAUGAUUGA